UUUUUGUAGUGCAGCUGAAAAAAAAAGGUUGGGCUGGGUAGGAAGCCGAAAGGUCUGGUGCCAGGAACCCUGACUCACGAGGACAAAGUUGAAGGCAGAACCAGCGCAGUGGGGAGGACAAAUGCAGCUGGACCGAGAAGUGCUGAGUUCCUCCCACUGUUGAGGGAUAGAGUUCGAGGGUGUGCACGAGUAUUUUUUCCCCCUAGCCGGGGAGCCAUGCGUCUCUACCGCUGUAUCCCUCACCUCGGACGAUGCCUGUCACAUCGGCUCCACACACCUUCCGCGGCGGAACUGCGAGCGUUUAUCGUCCGCAAUACGGAGCCAGUGAUCGAGCACUUAAGCCCGGAGAUAACCCUGCGGCUCCUAACUCCACGCUGCCCCUUCUGGAGCCAGGCGGCCCAUCGGUGGCCCUUCGGCGACCCCUACUGGGCCAUUUAUUGGCCGGGGGGCCAGGCGCUGUCCAGAUACAUUCUGGAUAACCCUGCAGUCACAAAGGCAAAGAAGGUUUUGGACCUGGGAAGCGGCUGUGGUGCCUCUGCCAUUGCAGCUGUUAUGAGCGGAGCGACUGAUGUUCUUGCCAAUGACAUUGACCCACCAGAGUUGCCUGGGGUGUUCCUUUGGCUUCGGUGUAGUUAUUGCCAGGAUACUGACUCACCAGCGGUUGGACCUACCAGAUUUCUUACUUGAUAAACUUCCCUAGGGAGCAACCACUCUCAAAAGGCAUGGUUUGAAUGUAAACGUUGAUGAUCAGCAGUCUCAGACUCCAGAAGAGAAAAGGACAUCGAAGUCAAGCUCAAUAUGGUUGUCAUUUGCUGUCCACAUGGCAGGAAUCAGAUAUGAGAAUGAAAGAAGAAACUAAGUGUUGGAGGUAACUUAUCCCCUCAAACUUGCCCAACCAGUCUACUAUAUACGAUCUGCUCCAAGCCUCCUUUCCUCUUCUGCGCUAGUUCUCCAUAUUCCCAAACUCUUCCUAUUUCCAAAAUCUAUUAACACACCUCUUUAAACACCUCCAAUUAUGUAGGGUGGCAUGGUAGUGUAGCAUUUAGCGUAAUAUUAUAGCGCUAACAACCCGGUUCAAUCCCAUUGUAAGUAGCUAGUAUGCUUUCUGUGUAAUUGUGCAAGUUAUUUCCCCGGGUACUCCAGUUUCCUCCCAUAUUCCAAAGAUAUGCAAGUUAGUAGGUUAAUUGGUCACAUGGGUAUAAUUGGGCAGCAUAGGCUUAUUGGGCCAGAAGAAUCUAUUACCGUGCUAUAUCUUUAAAUAAAUAAAAAAUAAAUAAAUGAUCCUGUCUCCACAAUUACCCAGGGUAGAGAAUUCCAUUAAUUCAUCACCUUCUGUGAGAAGUUGUUCCUAUUCACCUCAAAUUUAAAUGACUGUUCCUUAACUUGGCAAUCACAUCACUGUUCGAGAUUCUGCCCGUAGUGGAAAUAUCCUGACAUUGACCCUGUCAUGCUCCUCACUGUGCUAUACUCCAAAGAAUACAGAUCUAAUAAAUUUAGUCCCUUGUUACAGGAAAAUCCUUUUAUCCCAGGCCUUAGUCUAAUGAUUAGUGUAAAUAGAUUCUUGACUCCUGUUUCUUUAUGUAAGUUAUUCCCCAUCACCCCAUGCAACUGUACAUGAGCUACCCCUGCACAGACUGAAGAGAACUUUGUUGGUUUGAUUGAUGCAGCAAUGCUUUGGACAAAACCCAUUGGGUCACUGGUAAAACCACGAAGCCAAUUUCAAACUCAUUGAACUAAUAUCUUGCUAGUCAAAUUUAUUUUUCUGUGCUUCAUCUCCGUAACAUUUGAUAUUUUGUGGGACUACCAACUCUGGUUUCAUAUGUGUCUAGCCACCUUCAAUCAGUCACCAAUGGCCAUUUGUGCAUUCCAUUACUCACAGCAACUGCACAGUGAACACAUUAUUUGCCACUUGCUGGAUAGUCACCUGGAUAGUCAUAUGGUCUCUUCUCCAUCUUGAAUAUAUUUAAAGCUAUUCAGAGCAUGUUCAAAUUAAACAAAAAUAAAGACAUUUUGUUUAUAAGUUUUGUUUGCAACAGGGUCGAGGAGACUCAGAAGCCAUAGCAUUUUAAUAAGGUAUAUUCCCAUUACACCAACCCAUGUCCCUCAAAUUAAUUUGUUAUUAAACCAAAGAGUUAAAUUAUCUAUAACUAAAUUAAUAAUUAGGUCAGAAUUACUAAUUAUGAAACUACCAGAUGGUAAAAACAAAACCAUCUGAUUUAGUAAAGGCUCUCAGGGAAGGAAAUCUGUCAUCAUUAUUCAGUUUGUCAUGUUGAUAACUCCAAAUUCAUCUAGAUCACUGGUAAACUGCCUCAUUAGUUCAAGGCUAACUAGGGAUGGAUAAUAAAUGCUGACAUGCACUUCUUCAAACAAAUAUAUUAAGUAUUACUUUGGGGUGCUAUAGGGAAACAAUUACAAUUUAUUCCCAAGUCAGGUAACAAUGCAUAUGUUAAUUUAAAUCUAUCAUUGGGUUUUAUUACUACCAAUUUUGUGUACCAGCCAAAUUAUAUUCACUUAACCUACUUACUGACUGAGCUCAUCAGUACUCCAAAUAUAGAACAUAGAAUAUUACAGCAUAGUACAGUCCUUUUGACCCGCAAUGUUGUGCUGAACUUUUAACCUACUCCAAGAUCAAUCUGAUCCUUCCCUCCAACAUAACCCUCCACUUUUUCUAUCAGCCAUGUGCUAUCUAAGAGUUUGUAAAAUGCCCCAAACAGUAGUUUGUGCAGAUUCGGCAUGUCAUCUAAAAUUUUGACAAAUUUCUAUAGAUGCACAGUGGAGAGCAUCCUGACUGGAUGUAUCACAGCCACUAACACUAACCAGUGUCCAAGAAUAGAAAAGCCAAAAAAGUAGUUGAUACAACCUGUCCAUCACAGGAGAAGUCCUCCACCAUUGAGCACAUCUACAGAGAGUUCUGCCACAAGGAACCCCACGAUCCAAGCCACGUGCUCUUCUUGUUGCUGCCGUUGGGAAGGAGGUACAGGAAUUUUGGGUCGCUAUACUACUAGGUUAAGGAACAGUUGUAGCCCUUCAACCAUAAGGCUCCUGAAUCGAUGUGAAUAACUUUAUUCACCUGAACAAUGAAUGGAUUCAUAUGGACUUACUUUCAAGGACUCUACAACUCAUGUUCUCAGAAUUAUUUAUUUACUAUUUUACUAUCAUUAUUAUGUCUUAUUACAUUUUCAUAGUUUCUCUUGACUUGCACAGUGGUUGUUUGACAGUCUGUGUGUAGUUUUUCCACUUAAAAUCUUGAAUUUCUUUCUUCUGAUGUGAAUGCCCAUAAGAACAUGAAUCUCGGGGUAAUAUAUGGUGACAUACACAUACUUUGAUAAUAAAGUUCCUUUGAUCUUCAAGAAGUUACAAUCACUUCUGCAUUUUAAAGCACCUGAUGCUCAUAACCAUGACUUCUCUAACAAUGCAACAGUAUAACAAGGCAGCAUCAUUAAUUGUCAUACAUGGAAACAAUUUCAAAACAAUUAAUGAUUGUACAAUUUAGUAAAAAAAAAUUUCCAAAGUAUAUUUGCAUAACUUCAAAAAGCCACAAGCUACAAAUAUCAUGUAUUAAAGAUAAAUGGGUGAGUUUGUGCAAUGUUGCAGCUCAUAGUUUAUCUCAAAUAGGGAAAAAAAGGACAGUUGUCUUAUUCAUUAUCUAUUAAAUCUGAAUGGCUCUUAAAUUUGAGCUGUUGCAGAAGUAAUUACAUUUAAUCAUUUUUAUCCUUUAAAAUGCAUUUUUAAGGCUGAGAUCUAUUGAUGUUUUAAAACAUUUAUGCAUUGCUCACUAAGUUAUUUUAAUGUAGACAAUUAUGAACUUCAAACACAUGGUUAGUAAUGAGACAACAAUUAAAACAGUAAGCAAUAUUUGCAACAAAAGUUUUGAUGCAAAAUAACUGAGAAUAAACUAUCAAGAACUGGUAAUCAAAUUCUGAGCAUUUUGCUUUAUACAAUUUGCAACAUUUUUAUACUUUACAGUGGAUUCCUAGAGUUCUGUGUGCCUGAGGAACAGUCUUUGUUGUUUCUUUUCUCUAGGACAUUCUUCUUAGUUUAGCUGGAGACAUUCAUAAUGAUUCAUUGAUGAUGAUUUUUUUUUGAUUUGCUCUUUGUUUUACUUGAUUUUUAUCUUCAGGCAGUCCAAAAUCAUUUAUAUGGUUAUAUGAUACAAACUCAAAUGUCCAAACAAAGCAAUCACACAAGAGGAAGCCAAAUUUAAAACUGCUGCUGCUUCUUUUAAACUCCUGAAUAAAACUCAAAACACCUCCCUAUGUAUUAAAGAGUGCUAUAUUUUAAUGAGGGGAUAAGAAACUGCAGAUGCUGAAACCUGAACCAAAAGCAAACUGCUUCAGAAAGUCAGUGGUUCAGGUAGCAUUGACAGAGGCACAGUACUGAUACAGGGUUUCAACUCGAAAUAUUGACUCCCUAUGCUUCCACAGCUUGAGUCAGGUGCUAAAAAUACUACUUGUAUGCAGUUCAUUUAAAUAAAUAGAAUCCUUCAAUGUGUUCUGCAAUGAGAUGUAUCAAGACAGAUGAGAAAGGAGAUGGCUCUGAGUGCGACAACAAAUUUUCUUCAUCGCUAAUUUGCUGUUGCUGCACUUCCUUCUCAAGAAGCAUCUCAAAUGGCAAGUUACAAAGGUAAGCUUACAGUUGGAAGAAAAAGUUUGUGAACCCUUUUGUGAACCUGGUUUUCUGCAUUAGUUAUUUAUAAAAUGUGGUUUGAUCUUCAUCUAAAUCACAAUAGCAGACACAAUCCAUCUAAACCAGGGAUUGUCAACCUGUGGCGUAUUGGAUGAUUAGAAGUGGUGCAUUGCACCCCAGUGAUAAUAAUAAAAAAGUAAGCCUACUCAUGCAAAGAGUAUUAACCAAAAACCGAUUCAUAGGAAAAAAAAGAUCUAUAACAGGAAUUCAUGUAGUUUAGAGCUAGAAAUGGGUUUUACUGAGAAUAAAUCUAAAACUUAAUUAUUUUUAGCGAUUUUAUUGUUGCUGCACAUCUUUUGGUGAAUAUUAUCUUCUUUCACAUUAAUCUGUUUUCAAUCUUAAAAAAUAUUCAAUGAGUCAAACUAGGAAAGAAGAACCUUUUGUUCUGCGGUCGUUCCCUAACUGUUCAAUACACGUUUGUUACUUGUUUGAUCCUGAGGCACCAAGCGUCUGCAUCAGUAGUGCGUCGCAGGUUUUUGUCAGUCAGUUUACAAUUGACACUCGUGUGCUACGGAGUUGUGCUUUGUUCGUCUUUUGUGAACAUUUGCAGUUUUGUGAUCUUUGCAGGAUGCCCACUCCUAGAAGAGUAGCAAUAGUACUGAAUUUCUUCCAUUUGUAAACAAUUUCUCUUACUGUGAACUGAUGAACACUCAAGGCUUUAGAAACGCUUUUGUAGCAAUUUGUAGCUUCAUGCAUCUGUACAAUUCUUCUGCUAAGGUCCACUGAAAGUUGUUUUGAUUGAGGCAUGGUGCUGAUGCACCAUCAAUAACUCUCGGAGACGUGAGGUGAGGGAUAGGCUUUUAUUAGCUGAAAGAGCACUAUCAGCAGCAAGAGACCACCACACAACAUCCUGGAGACUGAGGGAGGAGCAGUGCCUCCGAUCGCCUUUAUACAGGGGUCUGUGGGAGGAGCCACAGGAGCAGUCAGCCGUGGGGGGGGGGGGGGCGUGCCCAGACAGAUAUAUGUAGUUCACCACAGGUGCACAUAAACAGAUCUUUUUUUUUAGAAGAGCAGGCUCUGUCAGUAACCUGACUGUGUGUGUCUUUUUUUGAAAAAAACAGGUCAGGGUACCUCUAUGACCCACACUUUCAAUCUCAUCUCAUUGAUUGGAACAUUCGACUACAAAAGGCUUUUGUGGAAGGCAUCACUCCAGAGGUUCACAUACACUUUUGAACUAAGUGUGAUUGUUUAAAUAGUGUUCUCAGUAUUGACAAGUAGUAGUACAAUUGUUUGUGCUAUUAGUUUAGGUAGAUGGUGGCUGUCUAUUAUUCUGACUUGAAUAAAGAUCAGACCACAUUUUAUGAGUAAUUAAUGCAGGAAACUUCCAAAAGAAAUGGUAGAGGCAGGUUUGAUUUUGUCAUUAAAAAAAAAUUGGAUAGGUAUAUGGACAGGAAAGAAAUGGAGGGUUAUGGGCUGAGUGCAGGUAGGUGGGACUAGGUGAGAGUGAGCGUUCGGCAUGAACUAGAAGGGCCAGGAUGGCCUGUUUCCAAUGCUGUAAUUGUUUAUAUGGUUAUAUGGAAACUAUACAUAAUUGCAAAGGGUUCAUAAACUUUUCCUUGCAACUGUACAUUAAGGGAAGUGAGGAAGCAAGCUGACACUACCUGCAACUUGUAAGUAAAUCAGGAAUGCGAAAAGGGUAAAAUGUGAAAGAUAUAACAUCUUCAAUGUUUACAGGACCACUACUGGGCACAGAUUUAGCAAUGUAGGACAACUCUAUGUGGGCUAUAGCAAGACCAUCAUGGAUGAUAGUCAAAGAUGGAAGACAUAUGUGGGACUAAUGGUGAAUAAAAUAUUGGAUUGAUGUCUCCUCCCUUCUUUUCUCCCCCCUUUGUGAUGGCAAGAAUGUUCAUUCAAUUGGGAAGUUAUGCAAAAUUAAAUAAAUAAAAUCCAGCACACAGGCAUAAAUCUGAACAUCUGCUGGGUCAUUUUGCAAGGUUCACCUAAUACAAUCAGACAGAUGAAGCAUGCUUAUAACCUGCUCUAUCUGAUAUCAUGUGGCAGUGUGACUUUCUGUCUAUACAUUGCAUGCAAGGUCCACAUGACAUCAACAAAUAGACCUCAUUGUUCUAUGGUAACUUUUGUUUAUUGUGGUGGAUAAAAUAAACACAGUGCAGCAGAAUUAAGACUUGUCUUCACUAGACAGCAAUGUUUGAUUUACUGCUAUUGACUGCACAACUCCUGAACUUAAGGGAGUAGAAUCUUUAUUUACUGUGUUGACAAGUUGUAUAUUAUGCAUAUAGUCACUGGGACUGCGCCAUAAAUAAACCUCCAGUGAAAUACUUUAUCCACUUAUUACUUGUUGGCAGAAGAAAACAAACUCUAGCCUAUCUUUACCAACUAUCAGAUGGAAAACAGUAACAUGUUGCAAAUAUUUCCAUCAACACUUGGCAGAGGCUAGAUGCAUAACUAUUUAUCAUUAUGGUUGUCUUGACAGACACCGGCAAUGUAGUCCUUGGCUACUCAGACAUUUCAGACCUUUAAAUUCCUGGAUGUCACUCUCUCAGAGGACCUGUCCUGUACCCAUCAUAUAAAUAUAUUUGCAAAGAAAGCACGACAGCACCUCUACUUCCUCAGCAGAAAUUUGGCAUGUCAUCAAAAGCCCUCGUAAACUUAUAUAGAUGUAUGGUGGAAAGUGUGCUGACUAACUGCAAUAUAGCCUGGUAUGGGAACACCAAUGCCUUUGAGCGGAAAAUCCUACAAAAGGUAGAAGAUUCAGCCCAGUACAUCAUGGGGGUAAAACCCUCCCAAACAUCAAGCACAGCUAUAUGAGAAGUUGCCAUAGAAAAGCAGCAUCCACCAAAGAUUCUCACCAUCUAGGCCAUGCUCUCUUCUUGCUGCUGCCAUCAGAUAGAAGGUACAAUUGCCUCAGGACUCACGCCAGCAGGUUCAAGAACAGUUACUACCCCAAAACCAUCAUGCUCUUAAGCAAAAGGGGAUAACUACAUUCAUUUUACUUCUGGUGUUCCCAUAACCAAUGGUCUUACUUUAAGGACUCUAUCUUGUUACUUCAUGCUUGUUAUUUAUUGCUAUUUGUUUCUAUCUGCAUUUACACAAUUUAUUGUCCAUU